UGACCCGCCUUUCGUUCCUCUUCCAACCCUUUAAAUCCAGACACAGCCUUGCAGUAUUUUAAAGUUCCCAUCAAGACUGAAGAAAAGAGUGCAAAUUUGCAAAGAGAAAGGAGGACCUUUUCUUUAACUUAAAAAAAAAGAAAAGAAAGAAAAAAAACCCAGUCAUGGUUUGGAAAAGCACACUUGUAACUACUUUGAUACUUCAUCUCAUUUCAUUGGCAGGGGGACAGAUCGUUGAUCCUACCAAACUGAUGGAAUCAUCCUUCCCUCCAGCCAGACCUUCGGUUAACAAUCUCAAUGCCGUCUGUCUUUAUGGAAAUGGUCGUCUCAGAUAUCCUGCCGUCUGUUUCCCUUCAUCCAGUUAUGCUUACGCUCAUCGUGCUGGAAAUGCAGUAAACAGACUAGAGGCGUGGUUGGGUCAGUGCUGCUAUGGAGGUUUGGCUGUUGGAAAUGGACAGAUCCUUUGCUGUACGAAACAGGCGUGGGAAACUGCCUUGUCCUAUUUCUGUAUUGAGGAAUAUUCCACUAUGACUUUGGUCCACGAGUGCUGUGAGAAGAAAGGAGAAGAACGGUGGAACUGCUUUGAAAGACGGGCUCCUAACCCUUCCUACCAACCCCUGUGUGGGUACAUUGCUCCCAUAAUACCACCUGACAUUGUUUUCAACUGGGACCCCAACACCUGUUAAAGGUCUCACUGCCAUAUGUUUUUAUUUCAUUUAGCAGCACGCAAACUGUGUCAAUUAAUCAACUGUGAAUCACAAGAGUCAGAAUAUAUCAUGCUUUUCAUGUCAUUUAAUCAUGCUCAUUCUUCUAGAAGAGCUGUGUAUCAGUACUUUUAUUUUCACAUGUAUUAUUUUAUAAUACUCAUCACAGUUGAAGUUCAAAACUAAGUCAGUUUAUUUUCAAAGUGGCAAAAGGAUUCAAAGGAUUGUUUGACAUUUGAUUUUUCCUUAGAGAAAAUAAAGGUUACUACUAAGUUGUGAUAUUUCAUGUCACGUUGUUUGCAUGGCAGAUGUAUUUGUGGGAAAAUAUCACAAAUAAAUCACAGAUC